AUGUCUAACGCAUGGGGGGUUCGUGGGCGUACCAAGAUUCGGCCACCAAAGAAGAUUGUUUCUGGCGAGAUCGACUUUGAAAAGACCUGGACCAUAAUCAGAGACGCGAUUCAAGAGAUUCAACAUAAAAAUGCUUCAAAGUUGUCGUUUGAAGAACUUUACCGGAAGGCGUACAAUUUAGUGUUGCGCAAGAAGGGAAAGAUGCUCUACGACCAUGUGGAGCUCACCAUACAACAAUACUUACUGAAUGAAACUCGCAAGCAACUUCUCGAGAGUCUCAAUAAUGAUGAUAACAGAACAUUCUUGUUAAAACUUAACAAUGUCUGGGAAGACCAUUUGCUGAGCAUGCGUAUGAUCAGCGAUGUGCUAAUGUAUCUUGACAGGGUUUACGCCAAAGAGUUCCAUUUACCACUGAUUUACGAUGUUGGGCUCAAGGCUUUCAGGGAUAGUGUAAUCAAGUACAAUCAAAACGAGAUUGGUAUGGCAGUUAUUGACAUCAUCAUUGAAUACAUCAAUCGCAGCAGACACGGUGAAAUCAUUGACAAGUUUAUCAUCAAGGCGAUCAUCUACAUGUUCAGCUCACUUUCAGAGACAAUAUCCAUGGAUUCAGACGACAAGGUUCCAUAUGGAGAAAAUUACUAUCUUCGCUACUUUGAGCCUGUAUUAUUACAACAAAGUCACACAUAUUUUGAACAGAAAGCUACUGAGCUUCUUACAUACCAAUCGGGUACGAUAUACAUUGAUAAUGUUACGCAACUUAGCCAAGAUGAGGAGGCACGUAUCCAGUUAUACCUUCCUGAUGUGACGUCGCCGAAACUUAUCGAGCUGAUGGACAACGAUCUGAUAACACGGCAUAUGGAGUCAAUAAUGAAACUUGAGAAUGAUGGACUUCGAAACUGGAUUAGUGAAAAUAAUUUCAAAAUGUUGGCCUCGUUGUAUAGGCUCAUUGGACGAGUUGAUUCCGAGUUUGAAAUGCUUAAAAGACAACUUCGCCUUAUAGUUCUAAGUAACUGCGAGAACCUGAAUAGCAAAACAAAAGAGGAGUUGGACCUUCAAGAAAAAACCGCUGAAGAACAGGAUCCAGAUAAAAGAGCAAAGAAGAAGAGUGGUAAGGAAAGCGCUACACAGUUUGCUGUGCGCUGGAUUCAAAAUUUCUUGGAUCUCAAGGAGAAGUAUGACGUGAUAAUCAAGAAUGCUUUUGAUGGAAAUCCCGGCAUUGUGAGAGAAGUUGAAUCUUCCGUCUCCGAAUUUCUGAAUUCUGAUAAUAAAACUGCAGAGUACCUCUCGCUGUACAUUGACGAUGGUAUCAAAAAAUCAUUCAAGGACAAAUCGCAGGAAGAAGUGGAAAAUCUACUGGACAAAUCAAUCAUCGUCUUCCGGUUCAUCAAAGAAAAGGAUGUUUUCGAGAAAUACUAUAAGAAUCAUCUCGCAAGGCGUCUGUUGCAACAGAAAUCGAGCUCUAACGAUAUUGAAAUGAAUAUGAUCACCAAACUCAAACAAGAAAUAGGCUCGUCAUUUACAUCACAGUUUGAAGGAAUGUUUAAAGAUAUCAAGACCUCACAAGAUUUAUCAGGGGAGUUUAAUCGAAAACUCUCUGGAGACGAGGAAAUUCGCAAAGUCAAUGGUAGAAGGUUGGAUAUGGAAACAUCAAUAUUAACUACCACCUUCUGGCCUAUGCCAAUCAACAAAGCGUUGAGUGAAGUGCAAUACCCAGAAGAGCUUGAGCUUUUAAGAAAUAGAUACGAGUCAUUUUACAUGACUAAAUAUGGUGGACGAAAUCUAACGUGGGCUCCCAACUUUGGUACCGUUGACAUUCGCAUUCACUAUCCGAAAAAGACGUACGAAGUGAACAUGUCAACAUAUUCUGCGAUUAUCAUUCUGACAUGUUUUAGAGAGGGCUCGGAUAAACAAGAAUACACUUUUGAAGAGAUUCACGAAAUAACAAGAAUUCCCAAGCCGGACUUGAUACGGCAUUUGCAAUCUAUUUCAGUCGCUUCGAGAACCAGACUACUGAAGAAAGAUCCGAUGUCCAAGGAUAUUCGCCCUAUGGAUGUCUUCUCAGUCAAUGAGCAGUUCAAGUCUCCUCAAACAAAAAUUAAGGUUUCCACUGUUUCUUCAGGCUCGAAGGUUGAAGACGAUUCGCAGAGAUCUGAGACAAUGGAUGCCAUUAAUAAAUCAAGAAUUCUUGAAACUGAAGCUGCGGUUGUGCGUAUUAUGAAAGCUCGCAGACAAUCCAAUCAUCAGGAGCUGGUGAACGAGGUUAUUCGUCAGCUCAUCAGCAGAUUCAAGCCACAGCCUUCAUUUAUCAAGCAGAGAAUUGAGGACCUGAUUGAGAAAGAGUAUCUGGCAAGAGAUGAAGCUGAUAGAAAUAUAUACCAUUACUUAGCAUGA